AUGUUCCCCAAUGGCACCGCCUCCUCCCCCUGCUCUCCCGGCCCCGGCGCGGGCAGCUGCGGCGAAGGCGGCGGCGGCAGGGGCCCCGGGGCCGGCGCCGCGGACGGCAUGGAGGAGCCGGGGCGCAACGCGUCCCAGAACGGGACCCUGAGCGAGGGCCAGGGCAGCGCCAUCCUCAUCUCCUUCAUCUACUCCGUGGUGUGCCUGGUGGGACUGUGCGGGAACUCCAUGGUCAUCUACGUGAUCCUGCGCUACGCCAAGAUGAAGACGGCCACCAACAUCUACAUCCUGAACCUGGCCAUCGCCGACGAGCUGCUCAUGCUCAGCGUGCCCUUCCUGGUCACCUCCACGCUGCUCCGCCACUGGCCCUUCGGCGCGCUGCUCUGCCGCCUCGUGCUCAGCGUGGACGCGGUCAACAUGUUCACCAGCAUCUACUGCCUCACCGUGCUCAGCGUGGACCGCUACGUGGCCGUGGUGCACCCCAUCAAGGCGGCGCGCUACCGCCGGCCCACCGUGGCCAAGGUGGUGAACCUGGGCGUGUGGGUGCUCUCGCUGCUGGUCAUCCUGCCCAUCGUGGUCUUCUCGCGCACGGCGGCCAACAGCGACGGCACGGUGGCCUGCAACAUGCUCAUGCCCGAGCCUGCCCAGCGCUGGCUCGUGGGCUUCGUGCUGUACACCUUCCUGAUGGGCUUCCUGCUGCCCGUCGGGGCCAUCUGCCUGUGCUACGUGCUCAUCAUCGCCAAGAUGCGCAUGGUGGCCCUCAAAGCCGGCUGGCAGCAGCGCAAGCGCUCCGAGCGCAAGAUCACGCUGAUGGUGAUGAUGGUGGUGAUGGUGUUCGUCAUCUGCUGGAUGCCCUUCUACGUGGUGCAGCUGGUGAACGUGUUCGCCGAGCAGGACGACGCCACUGUGAGCCAGCUGUCCGUCAUCCUGGGCUACGCCAACAGCUGCGCCAACCCCAUCCUCUAUGGCUUCCUGUCGGACAACUUCAAGCGCUCCUUCCAGCGCAUCCUGUGCCUCAGCUGGAUGGACAACGCCGCGGAGGAGCCGGUGGACUACUACGCCACGGCCCUUAAGAGCCGCGCCUACAGCGUGGAGGACUUCCAGCCCGAGAACCUGGAGUCCGGCGGCGUCUUCCGCAACGGCACCUGCACGUCCCGGAUCACCACUCUCUGA